AUGUGGUUUGAGGAACGAAGCUGGUCGAACUUGAAGAUGUCGUCAAUGCUUGUUGAAGAGUGGCGAGAUCUGUGGUCUAUGAAAGUUGAUAUGAUUAUUGCUUCACUUGCUUAUGUGUUUGCAACCACGAAUUUUCUCAAUUUGCCUAAGUUAAUACUUGAUAAUGGCGGACUGGCAUUCAUUGCUGCAUAUGGCGCAUCAUUACUUGUCUGCGUCCUUCCACUUAUUAUUAUGGAAUUUUCGGUUGGGCAACUCACUGGUCGUGCACCAGUAAAAGCACUCUACAAUAUGUGCCCUCUUUUCAAGGGUGUUGGUGUCUCCCAGAUAAUAUUUUCAUUGUUUUUGUUGGCGUAUAUGACGCGUUAUCUGGCUUGGCUUAUGCUUUACUUGUUUCAUCUUUUUUGGGCCUUACUGGCUGGGAGAUCAGGUUUACCAUGGUUACACUGCAAAAAUUUUCCUGAGCUCCACUCACUACCAUGUCAAGAAGCAGGCUCACUGGCUAAUUUUUCUCAUAUUAGUGCUACAAGAUUAAGCACAAUCAGUGCUCAGUCAUCGCUCGUUCAAUUUAUGACGAUGCUGGAAAGACCAUCUAGCAACAUAGCAGAACCAGGUUAUUUUCAGUACUACAUUCUUGCUUCUAUGGGAGCAGUCUGGAUAUUGGUCUUUAUAGCAACAUGCUUUGGUGUUCGGUGGUUGGGAAAGGUUACACAUUUUACCUUUAUAAUGCCUCUAGUAUUAUUAUCAUUACUUAUGGUACGUGCGCUAACUCUUCAAGGUUUUCCGGAAAUGUUGAUAAAAUUUUACGAAACAACUAAUUGGGAAAGAAUGGCUGAUUAUAAAAUGUGGAAAAUUGCGAUAGAGCAGGCAAUCAUUGCUACUGGAGUUGGUUUUGGAACAUUUAUUACCAUUGCUUCAUAUAACAAGCGCUCGAACAAUUUGGUUAGGUAUGUUGAUUUUAGUUGUUUUAUUUCUGUGAUUUUAAUCGGAUUCCUCGGGCAUUUAUGUUUUCGCCUUAAUUUGCAACCAGCUGAGCUUCUUGAUCAAGGAGAAGCGCAAAUGUGGCACAUCCUUGCUUACAUGUCAUAUGUGCCCGACACCCGAAUAUGGAGCGCAAUACUUUUAUUUAUGUGCAUUUUUGUUUUACUCAAUUAUCUUCUCACGUUGAAUAUUUUGGCGACGUCUGAAGAUGCUUUGGGUGAAAAAUCAUCUCGUUGCUUCCCACGAUUCAUGUUGGCACUUAUUAUAUGCUCUACCGCAUUUGGUGCCAGUCUUUAUUUUGCGACGCAGGGUGGCCGCUUUGCUUAUGAGCUUGUUAGUGGCUAUUUGAAGUAUGUAACGUUAUGGAUCAUACUUUUUUUCGAGAUAUUGUCAGUUGGAUGGUUUUAUUGUGCACAUCGUCUUGGUAAAGAUUUGCAUACUAUGUUACCACAGGCUUGCUGCUGCUGGUGUCUUGGUCAUUUUCUUCUUUACUUUGUAUACCUUCUACCAAUCAUCCCCGCGGCAAUUGCGGCACUGAAUUUAAUUGACUAUGAUUAUUCAAUCUAUUCUUCGGGAGUUCACGAAUGGAAAUAUUCAGAAGCAGUUGGAUGGGCGACAGCGAUGCUACCGCUUUUGCCUAUUCCAUUUUUCAUGCAGUUUCGAAUUUGCAGAACAUGUAUUAAAGGACCUGGAGUGACAAAAUGGCAGAAAUUAAAAAAUACACUAUCAUCUCCACUGCGGUAUGAAAUUAUCAAGUCUUCAUCACCAACAGCAGUGAGAAGGUAUUCAAGUGGUACACCUGGCUAUGUUUUGCUUCCACAAGCUCCACUCGCAGAACCCGAAACUUAUACUGAGGUAUAUAUUUUUCUACAUUUGUUUAGGAUCUUUAAACUUGUUCAUAAAACACGAAACAUUUCUUUUAAGAAAAUAGAGAACUAA